UGUAACAUUUUUCGAUACUUAUAGCAAUCUUUGUGCAAGCACUAUAGAAAAAAAUGUUGAUGGCCCAAUGUUUGAGCUUAAACCAUACAUGGUACAAUACGUGUUUGAUACAUUUUUAGUGACAAUGAUGGGUAUUCAAAGAUCAGAACAUAAGCGUGAAGACGACGAGAUAGUGUAUUGGCAGGAAAAAUUGGUCAAAGAUGCAUUAUAUAGCAAAACAAUAAAACCGUGGUGGCUACAGUUGGAAUGGAUUUUGCCUUUGACUGAAAACCGAAAACAAUUGCGUAUCGCUCGAGAGAAUAUACUAGAUUUCACCUACAAUAUAACACGAAAGGCAAUAAGUCACACUGCUCUACAAGAUAAUAAUAAGAUUUCUCAAAGGCCAAAACCUACUUUCAACAACUACUGGAAUUGUGUGGAAGAACUACGUAAUAAUGUUACGAGCAAAUCCUGCGAAAUUCAAAAUAAUAUUACGGAAGCGACAACUUUCAUUAUACUUAUGCUGGCAAUGCAUACAGAAGUGCAAGAAAAACUGCGAGAGGAAAUAUCUGUCACAUUUAAUAAUAAAAAGGUUGAUGCGCAACAUCUCCUUAGCAUGCGGUAUUUUCAUAUGGUGUACCAAGAGACAUUAAGAUUGUUUCCUAUAGUACCUAUUAUUUCGCGCCAACUUAUAGGAGAUAUAAAGCUUGAAUCAUGUACUUUGCCGGAUGGAUGUUACGUUAUGAUUCCAAUACUUGCUAUUCAUCGUAACCCUGCGUAUUGGUAUAAGCCAUUGGAAUUCAUUCCUGAACGAUUUUCGCCUGAAAAUUCGUCCAGCCGUAUUCGUUAUACGUUUAUUCCGUUUGGUACGGGCCUCAGAGAUUGUUUAGGUAAAUAUUCCAUAAUAUAAGUUAUUUAUUUUAAAAACCAUGUAGUUGUUUGGAAAAAUUUUGGUUAAAUUAUCUUUCUAUUGUGUCGCUUUAUAUACUCAAUUUCCGUUAAAGUUCAUGAGCUUUGCUUUCUUUCAAGAAACUCGUAAUACAUUCCAAGAUUUUUGCAUUAUUUUAAAUAAAACAAGUCGUAAAAGUUUACCAUAGAAUAUCCACAUUCAAUAUAUUUCGUUAAAUAUUAAGACGU